GCCAAGGUAUAAGUACCGAGGAAUUUCCCUCGUAGCAUAUAGCCUCUCUCAUUAAGAAGAUACAGACAUCGAAUUGCCUAAUAAAAGUAUCUAGGAGUCCCUGAAGUUAAGGUCUCAAGGACGACAGAACUUGUAAUUCAACUCGGUCUAAUCUUUCAAUUUGUCCACAUUGAACAUUUUUUAAUUCCCAGUGAACCAACUGGUUUCUCCUUUACUGGUUUCCUCUCCUUUUGAGAGUCUGUCCACACUUCUGUGCAUUUAAUAAUUGCUCUAUCAAACACGAAAUUGUCGUUGACAUUCGUGUAAUUUGUGUGUGAUUUUAUUUCAGAAAGACCGAUUUUUCGUCUCUCUGACAGUCAUUUUAUCUAUCGAAUUUCCCUAAUAGACGCGUCUUGAACCUUCUAGGAUUCAGCUCGUGUUCGCACCAUUUAAUACUUGUUCUCAUUUUUAUUGACAACAAGGUUUCCCCUUAAAGAAUUUCUUGUGUUCUAUUUUUGAAACACCAUUCCCAAAGCAUAAUUUGUCAGCAUAAUGUCUUCUGCUGCCUACGAAAAGGGUCCCGAGGAAGGUGAGGAGUACGUCCAAGCUCCCACUGCUCCUGCUUCCCAACCUGCACCUCCCGCCGCUCAUGGUGACGAUGAACCCGAUGAGGACAUCGACGCUUUGAUUGAGGACUUGUUCUCUGAGGACGUCCAAGAGGAAGCUGAAGAUGAUGAUAAGGCCCCUGCCGCUGGUGAGGCCAAGCCAGUUCCCGAAGAACUUCUUCAAACCGACAUCAACCAAGGUUUGGAUGCCGGUGAGGUUGAGGCUCGUCGUAAGAAGUAUGGUCUUAACCAAAUGAACGAAGAGGUCGAGAACCCCUUCAUCAAGUUCAUGAUGUUCUUCGUCGGUCCCAUUCAAUUCGUUAUGGAAGCCGCUGCUUGUUUGGCCGCUGGUCUUCAAGAUUGGGUCGAUUUCGGUGUUAUUUGCGCUCUUCUGUUGCUUAACGCAGUUGUCGGUUUCGUCCAAGAGUUCCAAGCUGGUUCUAUUGUCGACGAGCUGAAGAAGACUCUUGCUCUUAAGGCUACUCUUGUUCGUAGCGGUCAACUCGUUGACGUUGAGGCCAACGAGGUCGUUCCUGGUGAUAUUCUUCGUCUUGAAGAAGGUGUUAUUAUUCCCGCUGAUGGUCGUAUCGUUUCUCCUGAUGCUCUUAUCCAAAUUGACCAAUCCGCCAUUACUGGUGAGUCUUUGGCUGUCGAAAAGCAUUACGGUGACCCGACUUUUGCUUCUUCUGGUGUCAAGCGUGGUGAGGGUUUCAUGGUUGUUACUGCUACUGGUGACUCUACUUUCGUUGGUCGUGCUGCUUCCUUGGUCAAUGCUGCUGCCGGUGGCACUGGUCAUUUCACAGAGGUUUUGAACGGUAUCGGUACUGUUCUUUUGGUUCUUGUGCUGUUCACCCUUUUCUGUAUCUACACUGCUGCUUUCUACCGUUCCGUUGGUAUUGUCAAGAUUUUGGAAUACACUUUGGCUAUUACUAUUAUUGGUGUCCCCGUCGGUCUUCCCGCCGUCGUUACCACUACUAUGGCUGUCGGUGCUGCUUACUUGGCUGAGAAGAAGGCCAUUGUCCAAAAGCUUUCCGCUAUUGAGUCUCUUGCUGGUGUCGAGGUUCUUUGCUCUGACAAGACUGGUACUUUGACCAAGAACAAGCUUUCUUUGGGUGAGCCCUUCACUGUUUCUGGUGUUUCUGGUGAUGAAUUGGUUUUGACUGCCUGUUUGGCCGCUUCUCGUAAGCGCAAGGGUUUGGAUGCCAUUGACAAGGCUUUCCUUAAGGCUUUGAAGAACUACCCCGGUCCCAAGAGUAUGCUUUCCAAGUACAAGAUUAUCCAAUUCCAACCUUUCGACCCCGUCUCUAAGAAGGUUACUGCUUACGUUGAAGGUCCCGAUGGUCGUCGCUGCAUUUGUGUCAAGGGUGCUCCUCUCUGGGUUUUGAAGACUGUUGAGGAGGACCAUCCUAUUCCCGAAGAGGUUCUUACUGCUUACAAGGACAAGGUCGGUGAUCUUGCUUCCCGUGGUUACCGUUCCCUUGGUGUCGCUCGCAAGUUUGAUGGUCAACACUGGGAGAUUCUCGGUAUUAUGCCCUGUUCUGAUCCUCCUCGUCACGAUACUGCUAAGACUAUCAACGAAGCUAUGCACUUGGGUCUCCGUGUUAAGAUGCUUACUGGUGAUGCUGUCGAUAUUGCUAAGGAAACUGCUCGUCAAUUGGGAAUGGGUUCUAACAUUUACAACGCUGAACGUCUUGGUCUUACUGGUGGCGGUGACAUGCCUGGUUCUGAAGUUUACGAUUUCGUUGAGGCUGCUGAUGGUUUCGGUGAGGUGUUCCCUCAACAUAAGUAUGCUGUCGUCGAUAUUCUUCAACAACGUGGUUACUUGGUUGCUAUGACUGGUGAUGGUGUUAACGAUGCUCCUUCCUUGAAGAAGGCCGAUACUGGUAUUGCUGUCGAAGGUGCCACUGAUGCUGCUCGUUCUGCUGCCGAUAUUGUCUUCCUUGCUCCUGGUCUUUCUGCCAUUAUUGAUGCUUUGAAGACUUCUCGUCAAAUUUUCCAUCGUAUGUACUCCUACGUUGUUUACCGUAUUGCUCUUUCUCUUCACUUGGAAAUCUUCUUGGGUCUCUGGAUUAUCAUUCAAAACCGUCUUCUUAACUUGGAACUUAUUGUCUUCAUUGCCAUUUUCGCUGAUGUUGCUACCUUGGCUAUUGCUUACGAUAAUGCCCCUUACUCUAUGAAGCCCGUAAAGUGGAACCUUCCUCGUCUGUGGGGUCUUUCUACUGUCGUCGGUAUUGUUUUGGCUAUCGGUACCUGGAUUACCAACACCACUAUGAUUGCUCAAGGUCAAAACCGUGGUAUCGUUCAACACUUCGGUGUUCAAGACGAGGUCUUGUUCUUGGAAAUCUCCCUUACUGAGAACUGGUUGAUUUUCAUUACCCGUUGCAACGGUCCUUUCUGGUCUUCUCUUCCCUCUUGGCAAUUGUCUGGUGCUGUCUUGAUCGUCGAUAUUCUUUCUACUAUCUUCUGUAUCUUCGGUUGGUUCAAGGGUGGUCACCAAACUUCUAUUGUUGCCGUUAUCCGUAUCUGGAUGUACUCUUUCGGUAUCUUCUGUAUUAUGGCCGGUAUUUACUACAUCCUUUCCGAGUCCGCUUCCUUUGAUCGUAUGAUGAACGGAGAGCCUCGUCAUCCUCCUAAGGAUCCCCGUAGCAUUGAGGAUCUUGUUGUUGCUCUUCAACGUACUUCGACUCGUCACGAGAAGGAAGUGUAAUUUAAUCUGCACGGAUAUAUAAUAGCUUCUUGUUAAACGUUUAUUUUAUUCACAUGUUAUAGACCUUGUCACUAAUAUCAAUCAAUGGAUUUUUGCCUACA